AUGACUGCAUUGUUUGGUAAGUUGAGAGAACAUGAAUUGGAUCUCGGGAGAUUGAACGAGGAUAAAGAGAAAGAAAAGAAAAAGACUCUGGCAUUCAAAUCUGAGAUUGGUAAAAGCAAACAUUUUAAUGAAGAAGAAGACUCUGGAGAAGAUGAAAAAAAUAUGGGUCUCUUCAUUAAGAUUUGUAACAAGUUCAUGAAGUCCAAGGGCAAAAGAAGAUUUAAAAAUAGGAAGAAGGAAAACAAGGAAUCAUCAUCAAACUAUCGUUGUUAUGGUUGCGGAGAAAAAGGACACAUGAAUGCAGAUUGUCCAAACCCAAAUAAAGGUGAAGAAAGAGGUCAAAAGAAGUUCUUCAAGAAAAAGAAGGCAUAUAUUGCUCGGGAGGAAGAUAAUUAA